AUGGGCACACAUGCCAAUUUCUUUCACAAAGAAGACUUCAAGCUCAAGACAGCCUUGCAUAAUGAUGCGAUGGUAAUUGAGGCUAUCAUUGCUGGUUGGAAGAUAGGGAAGGUCUUGGUGGACAAUGGCAGCUCUGCAGAUAUCAUCUUUGCCAAUACAUUCAGAGAGAUGAAAAUUGAUCAGCACCUGCUUGAGCCGACAGAUGUCCUAUUGCUUGGCUUCGGGGGAAGGCCGGUCAAGGCUCUAGGAAAGAUAGCACUUCCAGUUUCAUUCGGGAACCUUCACAAUGCAAGAACAGAGCGCAUCACAUUUGACAUGGUUGAGAUGUACUACCCUUACUUCGCCAUCCUCGGGUGGGGGUUCAUUAACAAGUUUGAUGCAACCAUCAGGGAGAUAAUAGAGAAUAGCCUUGAUAUCAAGCUCGAUGUGAAGCCAAAGAAGCAAAAGCUUAGGAAGAUGUCCGAUGAGAAAGCCCAAGCAGUGAAGGCCGAGGUUGAAAGGCUCCUCGAAGCUAACGUGAUACGGCCCAACAUUUAUCCAGAAUAG